AUGUGUGCUGGGAGCACGCAGGGCACGUGUUCUCAGCACAUAUGUUUUUCUUAAUUGCACGCAAAUGUGCGGCCGCUCGGCGUCAAGGCCCAGACGCCGGGAGGCCACACAUUUGUGUACGGCCGGUGUGAAGAGCUUUCUGGUCCCUGCUGAUGUCUGUGCUGUGAGUCUGCAGGGUGCACGCUCUCAGCACAGAGUUGUUUACAUAGGGCCGCAUAUAUGCAGCCUCUCGGCAGUAAAGCUCACCUGCCGGGAGGCCACAUAUAUGCACCACGUCUAUGGGAAGAGGGUAAGUGCAUGUUGAGGC